GUGUGUGUGUGUGUCCUGUUGGUGGAAGGGUUGGUGGUUAAAAGCAAGUUGGGACUUCCUCUUUGAACAGUUGCCUUUCCUCUCACAAAACGGAGAUUUCAUUUUGUCUGAGGCUGGAUAGAAUUGAAAGCGAACCAAACACCAAAGCCACGGGCAUGAUGGCUAAGAAGCCCCCAAAACCAGCGCCCCGCAGGAUCUUCCAGGAGAGGUUAAAGAUCACUGCUCUACCCCUGUACUUUGAAGGGUUUUUAUUAGUCAAACGGUCUGAUUACCAGGAGUACAAACACUAUUGGACAGAGUUGAGAGGAACCACACUCUUCUUUUAUACCGACAAAAAAAGUACAAUAUAUGUUGGCAAGUUAGACAUAAUAGACCUUGUAUGCCUUACUGACCAAAAUUCACCUGAAAAGAGUUGUGCAAAAUUCACUCUUGUUUUGCCUAAAGAGGAAGUGCAACUGAAGACAGAAAACACAGAAAGUGGGGAAGAAUGGAGGGGCUUCAUUCUUACAGUAACAGAGUUGUCGGUUCCUCAACACGUGUCGCUUCUACCUGGGCAAGUGAUUAGACUACACGAAGUCUUAGAGAGAGAGAAGAAAAGAAGGCUUGAGACAGAACAGCUGCCAAUUAUACCUGCAGAGAAAGAGAAGGAGUCAGUACAAGACGAUGUGGAUGCACCGAACCCUAUGCCAGCAUGUUUUUAUGCAGUUUCCCGGAAAGAAGCAACUGAGAUGCUGGAGAAGAAUCCUUCUUUGGGAAAUAUGAUCCUGAGACCUGGCAGUGACAGUAAAAACUUCUCCAUCACUAUCCGGCAGGAGAUAGAAAUGCCAAGAAUCAAGCACUACAAAGUGAUGAGCACUGGAAAAAACUACACCAUCGAACUGGAAAAGCCCGUAACACUGCCAAACCUUUUCAGCGUCAUUGAUUAUUUUGUGAAGGAGACUCGAGGGAAUUUGAGACCAUUUAUAUAUUCAACUGAUGACAAUCUUGGUCAAGAGCCCAACAUAGAAGAAAGAAGUGAGAAGCUUAAGAAAAAUCCACACAAGGCAUGAAAUAAUGUGGAAACUGCCUCCUUGAUAUUUAUUGUUUUCAAAAGGAAGAUUUUUCCCUUCUAAAGACCAUUAUCUCUAUUUCCUUGACCCUAGUCACUUGUUUGGGCACAAGAAUAAAACAAUGUACCAUAUAAUUUCAUUGUUUGAUCAGUAGGAGACCAAUUUACUGGUUACCACCAGCUGUCUGUAGAGUAACUUGAUUCAUGCAUUUCUCUAUAUUAAGUGGAAAAAAAUUUGUUUUCUAAAGCCAGGUUUUUGCUCCUCCUUGGCUUCAAUGAAAUACAUUUCACAUAUACAAUUUGCAUUGCAGAUUAUCUAGUUCCCCUAAAUCCUACUUAUUUUCUAAACCUUAACUAGGUUUUUGGUAAAAUCUGAUUGGACCAGUUAAUCAAAUGUAAGUUAUUUAAUUGAUCUAGUUGGCGGUCACAGACAUGAAAUGAGCUAGGAAAUGCCCAUCUGGUAGAAAUACCCUAUGGUCGCAUAUUAUGUUCAUGGAAUUAAUGCAACUCAUUUUUAUGUUCUUCCUUGCCGAUAUCUUUCUACUAGUUCAAAGCACACCCAUAGCUCAUUACAGGAUGACAAAAUAAACACCACUGUUGCAAAUUUAA